AUGGAUUCAGAGAACAGUUUCAAAAAGAGAAAGAUCACUGAUGACAUCACCACAACCGUAGACGACGGAGAAGGACUACUAGAUUCCCUUCCCGGAGAUAUUCUCACCGACAUAUUCUCUCGCCUUCCCAUCUCCUCCUUAGCUCGGCUUAUGUUCGUUUGCAGAUCUUGGAGAUCCAUUUUGACUCAACACGGUCGUCUCUCUUCUUCUUCCUCUUCCCCGACAAAGCCAUGUCUUCUCCUUCACUGCGACUUCCCGAUACGCAACGGCCUUCACUUCCUAGACCUAUCAGAAGAAGAGAAACGCAUCAAGACCAAGAAAUUCUCUCUAAGAUUCGCAUCUUCCAUGCCGGAGUUCGACGUGGUUGGUUCGUGUAACGGUUUGCUCUGUAUGUCUGAUUCUCUCUACAACGACUCACUCUACCUCUACAACCCCUUCACUACAAACUCCUUAGAGCUUCCCGAGUGUUCCAACAAGUACCACGAUCAAGAACUCGUCUUCGGUUUCGGAUUCCACCAAACGACAAAGGAAUACAAAGUCGUCAAGAUAGUUUACUUUAGAGGUAGCAACAGUAACUACAGAGGUCGCGGUAGGAUCCAGUACAAGCAAUCAGAGGUUCAGAUCUUAACCUUGUCAUCAAGAACAGAUCGAUCUUUGUCUUGGAGAAGCUUAGGGAAAGCUCCUUAUAAGUUUGUGAAACGUUCAUCGGAGGCUUUGGUCAACGGAAGGUUACAUUUCGUGACACGGCCUCGUAGGCACGUGCCGGAUCGUAAGUUUGUGUCGUUUGAUCUUGGAGAUGAAGAGUUUAGAGAGAUCCCUAAACCGGACUGUGGUGGGCUAAACCGGACCAACCAUAGGCUAGUGAACCUGAAAGGGUGUCUAUGCGCGGUCGUUUAUGGUAACUAUAUGAAACUGGAUAUAUGGGUGAUGAGGAGUUAUGGGGUUAAGGAAUCUUGGGGAAAAGAGUAUAGCAUUGGGACUUACUUGCCAAAGGGGCUAAAGCAGAAUUUGGACCGACCGAUGUGGAUUUGGAAGAACGCUGAGAAUGGUAAAGUGGUUCGGGUUUUGUGUGUGUUGGAGAAUGGAGAGGUUUUGUUGGAGUAUAAGAAUAGGGUUCUUGUGGCAUAUGAUCCAAAAGUGGGUAAAUUUAAAGAUCUUGUUUUCAAUGGCUUGCCUAAUUGGUUUCACACUGUUGUUCAUGUUGGAACAUUGUCUUGGUUUGAUACACCACUUGAUUUAUAA